CAGUAGCCAGCAGAAACUGGGGGCAUGUGCUCCUCAGGGGCCUCAGCAGGCUGGGGGCUUCUGGAUUACAAGACAGAGAAGUAUGUGAUGACCAGGAACUGGCGGGUGGGCGCCUUACAGAGGCUGCUGCAGCUCGGGAUUGUGGCCUACGUGGUGGGAUGGGCCCUCCUUGCAAAAAAAGGCUACCAAGAACGGGACCUGGACCCCCAGAUUUCUGUCAUCACCAAACUCAAAGGAGUUUCUGUGACUCAGAUCAAGGAGCUCGGGAACCGGUUGUGGGAUGUGGCUGACUUCGUGAAACCACCACAGGGAGAGAACGUGUUCUUCUUGGUCACCAAUUUCCUUGUGACGCCAGCUCAAGUUCAGGGCAAAUGCCCAGAGCACCCCUCUAUCCCGCUGGCUAACUGCUGGGUCAAUGAGGACUGUCCUAAAGGGGAGACAGGGACACACAGCCAUGGCAUAAAAACAGGUCAAUGUGUGGUAUUCAACGGGACCCACAGGACUUGUGAAAUCCAGAGCUGGUGCCCAGUGGAGAGUGGCACUGUGCCCAAGAGGCCCCUGCUGAUCCAUGCCAAGAACUUCACGCUGUUCAUCAAAAACACUGUCACCUUCAGCAAAUUCAACUUUUCCAAGACCAAUGCCUUAGAUACCUGGGACUCCGCCUAUUUUAAGCACUGUCGCUAUGAUGCACUCUCCAGCCCCUACUGCCCCGUGUUUGGCAUAGGAGACCUUAUAGCUGCAGCUGGUGGGGACUUUGAAGACCUGGCAUUGCUGGGUGGUGCUGUAGGCAUCAGAAUCCACUGGGAUUGUGACCUGGACACCGGGGGCUCUGACUGCUGGCCCCAUUACUCCUUCCAGCUGCAGGAGAAGAGUUACAACUUCAGGACAGCCAGUCACUGGUGGGAAGCCCCAGGUGUGGAAGCUCGAAGCUUGCUCAAGCUCUACGGGAUCCGCUUUGACAUUCUCGUCACUGGGCAGGCAGGGAAGUUCGGGCUUAUCCCCACAGCCAUCACGGUGGGCACUGGAGCUGCUUGGCUAGGUGUGAUCACCUUCCUCUGUGACCUGUUGCUGCUGUAUGUGGAUAGAGAAGCCCAUUUCUACUGGAGUACAAAGUAUGAGGAGGCAAAAGCACCAAAGGAGGCUGCCAAUCCUGAAUGGACCAAGCCAGCUUUCACACCUGCAAGCCCCAUUGCUCAGGUGCCUUAG